AUGUCGCCCGAAGCGAAGAGACCCGAAUGGUACCAGAGAGAUGUCCAGGGCAUCAAUGCAGAUGCUCAGCGACUUCUAGAGAAUUAUAGUGGCCUCGCACCGGAGGAAGUCUUGCCACAUAUUUUGUCUUUGCGCGACGAGGCAUUUGAUGUCUAUCAUUAUGCCUGCAUCGGUCAGAUGAGGUUUCUUUCCUUCAAUCUGUCACGCAUGCCCUUCUGGGCUCGGGUGCUGGAACGGCUUCGCGCCGACCUUUCAAGUGGAUUUCUCGAUGCGGGAUGCUGCUUUGGACAAGAGCUUCGAUUUUUAGCCGAUCAAGGCAUCGCUAGCAAUCAGCUCUUCGGGUGUGAUCUUGAACAAAUUUUCAUUGAUCUUGGCUACCAGCUCUUUCGAGACAAAGGCCGUCUGCAGGCAACAUUUGUUGUCGGGGAUCUUAGUGCCGAUGAUGUCCAUUUCAAUAAUGGUGAAAUUGUCCAGAAGUUGAAUGGCAAGAUUGACAUUGUGUUUGCGAGCUCUUUGUUUCAUAUGUGGGAUUGGGAUACGCAAGUUAAGGUUGCCACGCAUCUAGUCAGAAUUUGUUGUCAGAAAUCGGGUAUCAUGAUUACUGGACGGCAGAUGGGGAGCGUUCAAGGGGACCACUAUACAAUGGCAGGCAUGAAGGAUGGUGCUGUGCACUACCGGCAUGAUCCCGAAACAAUGGUGCGCUUUUGGGACGCCGUUGGAGAGGCCACUCAGACGAGCUGGAAGGUAGAGGCUGGUCUCUAUUGGGCUGAGGAGGUUGAUCAAAUGAAGAACAUGCCUUGGGGUGAUGAUAAGAUACGGAUGAUCUGGUGGUGCGCGACAAGGCAGUAG